GAUUGGGUCCUUUGGAUGGACUGGCCCUUGGUAUUCCAUACGACCGAUACAUGUUCUGUGUAUAAAUUGCGAUUGGGAUAUUUUGUCAAGGAUUUGAUGUGCCAUACCUUAUUAUGGUUCUGUUCAAUCGAAUGUUGUUAUCUUGAAGUCAGAAGGGAGCUUUCCCGUAUUGGAAACGUUGUGGGCUGUUAAUUUUCCCGUUGACUCAAUUUGUGAUAAUCUGAUACAUCAGAAAAUUUGUAAUAUCGAUUUGCUGAUGUUGGUCCGCUGGUCGGAGGUGAGACACAAAGGGCUAAUCCACAGUCGCGAGGGGAGGUAUCACCCUGCUCUAGUUUCGAGUGUAAGACAAAUCAAAGUUACACAAUCCAAAACAGGAAUGUAAAAAAGAGCGGCUUAUAUGGGUUGUACAGCGUAGAGACGACACUAUACCAGUGAUGUAGGUGUCCAACGUGUGCGUAAUUCAGUAACAAUGAACCCACGGUUUGCCGGAGUAGGGAAGCGAACGAAGAUCUUCUCACAGUGGCUAACAGCAACCACCCGAGUACAAGCGUCUAAUGAAAGGUCUAACAGCAAGGAUGAUGUGAGAAAGGAGAACGAAUUGCUGUGGACGGAACUGGAUUCCCUUCAAAGAGAACACAAGAAACUUAAACAGGUUGUCGAACAACUGGCGCGUGAUUAUGAGGAAAGUAAAUACUUUGAUCCUCUGCGUCGCUAUGAAAAAAUGAAAGGAAUGAUAAAAAGGACAAUUUUGCACCUUCGUCUAAAUCAGGACGACAAGGGGUCGAGUUGCGGUAUUAGUGGACUUAUACAGAGUUGUCGGGAUUACGCUCACCAGGUGGAAGCAGGAAAACGCCGCGAACAACACCAGUCUGCAAAUAUGUCAAAGCAGGAGAUCGCGCAAGAAAAUGAAAGUCUCCGGACCCAAGUUAAGGAUAUGCGGAGAGAAUGUUCAGUGAUCCGUGACAUUAUCAACCAACUCGAUCAGAACUACGAGUCUUCGAAACACUUCUCACUGAUACAGCGAUACAGGGUGAUGAAGCUGAUGAUCAAAAAUGUGAUUCACGACCGGCUUGUGCAGUAACUGAGUAGAUGACCACAUCAGAUGAUUCCCGAACAGACAAGGAAUGUACAUGUACAAGAGAAUUACAAUCAUUGUUGAAGGUUGUACCUAGAAUCCUUUGUAUGAGACCAUUUUCCAGGAACAGUUGUCAGUCAUUAAUUGUACAAUGUUCUAGAGGAUCACCGAACGAACAUUUGUUAUUUAUAGAGAAUAUGUAAAUGAGCUUCAGAUAAUCACCGAACGGACAUUUGUUAUUUAUAGAGGAUAUGUAAAUGAGUAAAUGAGCUUUGAUCAUUGCAAUAAAUAAAUGACCACCGUACACUGGUGGUUGACAGCACAAGAUCUUUAUUUCAGGAAACUGGUCAAGAUUGGUGAUGAUUGGCGCUACAGUAUAUGAACUGAUGUUAUCUCAUUUACUUAUAGAUAGACUAGUGAGCAUCAAAAUUAUAUCUCAUUUUCAUUCAGAAAUUUGUCAUUAGCUGAUAUGUAAUCAAGAUUAUGUUCUCAGAACGUUAUAUGUACAUGGGUUUUCUCAAAGUUAAUGCAUAAGUGCUUUUAAAUAAAAUGCAUUGGAUGU